AUGUCUGACGAUGAGCCGGAUCAUGAUCUCCUGGACUUCCUCCGCCAACAUUUCCAAAAGACCUCGCUAGCUCCAGCCGUUCCCGAGACCCGGGUUUUGGAAGGAGCCGAAUAUGUCUAUGACAAUUCCAUCGAUGUAGCCAUCGACUACCAGUCUACGAAAGCUACCGCCGCCAUGAUCCACGAGCAGAUGCAGAAGAGAGAGUACUCAGCCAAAACAUGGUCAUCACAUGAGCUUCACCCGAAAGCCAAGGAUGAAAGUACCGUGGCGUUCAUCUUCACCAUGGAUCUGUUGAACUUCUCGUUCUGGUCUGAGAAGGAUGAUGGAGAGCGUUUUGCUAUCGAGUAUAAGGGGAAAAGGUGGACAGGCUAUUGGAGUCUGGUUGCUGCUCUUCAGAGAGCGCUGGAAGAGGAUAUCCCAAUAACGUCUUCUGAUUUUUGGCAAAAUGAGGACGAAUGCACAGAAGAGGUCCUUCGGCACGUCUUCAGAAGCGCAACCGAGGAAGAAAUUCCGCUCUUCCAAGAACGGAUGGCUUGCCUGCGAGAGGCCGGCCAGGUCCUCUACGAAAAAUACCAAUGCAGCUUCACAAACUGCAUCGCAGCCGCCAACAACUCAGCUGCCGCUCUGGUCAACCUCCUCGCAGAGAACUUCCCCUGCUUCAACGACGUUGUCCAAUUCGAGAAUCGCAAGAGCGUGCGUAUCCUCAAGCGCGCCCAGAUUUGCGUUGCAGACCUCUGGGCCGCGUUUGAAGGAGAAAGCUUAGGCGGCUUCAUUGAUAUUGACAAGAUCACUAUGUUUGCAGAUUAUCGCGUGCCGCAGAUCCUGAAUACGCUGGGUUGUCUGUGGUAUAGCCCGCUCUUAGACCAUGCGGUGAGGCAGAAGAAGAUUAUUGAGAGUGGACAUACUUGGGAGAUUCAGAUGAGAGGCUGUAGUAUUUGGUGCGUCGAGUUGAUCCGGAGAGAAAUCCUCAGAAACCACCCGGAGGCGAAGAUCAACGCGGUCUUGAUAGAUUUCUUCCUGUACGAUACAAUGAAAGAGCGCGAGGGAGCUGGAAAGGACGAAAUUCCCCACCACAGAACCCGCAGUAUAUGGUACUGA